AUGGUCUUCACUAAUCCUUAUAUAAACAGGACUGAGAUUUUUGCAAAUGGAACCCUCAGACUGGACAGGACUCAGAAAAAUGAUUCAGGAGAUUACUCUGUGGAUGUGUUUACUACUGAUGGAACUAACAUAUUUAAGGGAAGCAUGCAGGUUUAUAUUCAAGAGGCUGUCUCCCAGCCUGUGGUACACUCCACCUGUCUGUCUCAUGGGGAGGUGCUGCUGGUCUGCACAGUGGAUAAAGGGGAUAAUGCUUCAUUUAACUGGAGUUUAGAUGGAGUGCCGCUGAAUACCAGCCUUGCUUACUUUAGUGAUGAAGAAUAUGUUGUAAUAUUGAAGAAGCAUGUCUCUGGUAAUCUUGUCUGCAUUGCUACAAACCAAGUCAGCACAAACCAGAGAGACUCUGUGAUACCAAACUGCUCAGAGCCUGUCUCUAAACCUGUGGUACACGCCAGCUGUCUGUCCCAUGGGGAGGUACUGCUGGUCUGCACAGUGGAUAAAGGAGAUAAUGCUUCAUUUAACUGGAGUUUAGAUGGAGUGCCGCUGAAUACCAGCCUUGCUUAUUUCAGUGAUAAAGAACACAUUGUAAUAUUGAAGAAAAAUGUCACUGGAGAUCUUGUCUGCAUUGCUAAAAACCAAAUCAAUGAAGAGAAGAGUGAUUCUGUGAAGUCAAACUGCUCAGGUUCUGAACCCAAGAUGAAUCUGACAUCCACACCCAAUCUAGUAACCCACUUCCAUUGCACCCUGAAGGAUGGGACGGUUAUCAAAUUAUCUGGGGACAAAGCAGGAGGGGCUUUUCAGUUCUUAAUCAAUAAGAGCAUGAUAAUAACAAACUAUACACAUGGGAUUGCAUUUUGCAGUCUACAAACCUGCUCUUCAAAUUGCUCUGGUAAUUUAACCACAGAGCCUGGUGAUGCCAGUAAUGCAGAGGAUGCUGAUAUUCUUAAAUAUGUCCUUGGUGGAAGUGCUCUUCUUGUGAUCGUUAUGCUUUCAUUUACACUCUUGUGUAUGUGUAAGAAUAAAAAAAGGAAGGAGAAUGCCCAUUCGGUGAUUACACAAAACAGGAGUGAUGAACAGCAUGUUUCCCUAUCCACAAUGAUACCAGAGACUGCAAGCACAGCAAUCCAAGAUGACAAGGUUUAUACUCAGGUUGUUAAUAAAGGUGGAAAAAGAAAUCCAAAUGCAAGCCUAAAGAGGACGGUGAGCUGGUUUACGCCCAGGUUGUUAUAAAAGAAGGCAAGAAGAAACCUAUUCAUGACGAAUCUGUGGUUUAUGAUGAAGUUAAGGGGAAAGACAAGAAUAAUCAACAACAGGAUGACAGCGUGGUUUAUGCUGCUAUUAACAAAUGAAGAAAUAUAUAAUUGAAGGCAUUGUUUGAUAUAUAUAUAUAUAUAUAUAUAU